AUGCGAAGGAUCGUGCAGGCUCUGACUGGCGCUGGUGGGCGCCUCGGCGUAUUCCCGUCGCCUUCGUUGCAGCUACAACCUCGCACAUGGCGUUGUCUGUCUUCCGCAGCUGCGAAACCGCAGUCCAAUCCGUUCGAGAUCGACCUGAACGCCCUCGACCGUCGAGUCGACGCGGUCGCGUCGACCACCAAGCAGCUGACGCUGGACGAUGCCACGCGCGCAGCGGCCUCGCACCAAGCGGAGGCACAGCAUGAUAUCGAUCUUCUGCAUAAUGAGAUGUCGACAAUAUUCGGGGAAGAGGUGGCAGAGUACGGGGGCGACACUUCGUCGUCCAGUGUAGAGGAAAGUGCUGCUGCUUUCAACAGAAGGACGCCCACCCGAGAGCAAGAAAAGGAGAGAAAGGACCGGGUGCUGCAGCCUCCAGUAACGAGAGCUGCUCAGGACCCCAAAGUGAUGGAGGAAACCUCGCGUACAGAAGGUAUUGUGAGCUCGAAAGAUGGCGCACUGGUAAAUGUGCUGCUAUUGCAAGGCCCGUGCAGCUUCGUGCGGGGAGUUUGGACUGGUGGGAAUAUUGGAAGAAAAGAGCUGCAUCGUCAGAUUCAAGCUCAGGCUGACGACCUGAAAAUUGUGAUCAAGGAUCGUGACUACUACUCUGAGAAAAUCAUUCUGCAGACACUACUCGAAGCACGGGAAGAUCAAACUAUCGUGCUGUGCUGGAACACUCCUACCGGUACCUGUCUUCACCGGUAUACCGACGGUCAAUCUCGAUUGCUUCAAGCCUUUCAAAGAGGGAGCAUGCGAAGGAUCGUGCAGGCUCUGACUGGCGCUGGUGGGCGCCUCGGCGUAUUCCCGUCGCCUUCGUUGCAGCUACAACCUCGCACAUGGCGUUGUCUGUCUUCCGCAGCUGCGAAACCGCAGUCCAAUCCGUUCGAGAUCGACCUGAACGCCCUCGACCGUCGAGUCGACGCGGUCGCGUCGACCACCAAGCAGCUGACGCUGGACGAUGCCACGCGCGCAGCGGCCUCGCACCAAGCGGAGGCACAGCAUGAUAUCGAUCUUCUGCAUAAUGAGAUGUCGACAAUAUUCGGGGAAGAGGUGGCAGAGUACGGGGGCGACACUUCGUCGUCCAGUGUAGAGGAAAGUGCUGCUGCUUUCAACAGAAGGACGCCCACCCGAGAGCAAGAAAAGGAGAGAAAGGACCGGGUGCUGCAGCCUCCAGUAACGAGAGCUGCUCAGGACCCCAAAGUGAUGGAGGAAACCUCGCGUACAGAAGGUAUUGUGAGCUCGAAAGAUGGCGCACUGGUAAAUGUGCUGCUAUUGCAAGGCCCGUGCAGCUUCGUGCGGGGAGUUUGGACUGGUGGGAAUAUUGGAAGAAAAGAGCUGCAUCGUCAGAUUCAAGCUCAGGCUGACGACCUGAAAAUUGUGAUCAAGGAUCGUGACUACUACUCUGAGAAAAUCAUUCUGCAGACACUACUUGAAGCACGGGAAGAUCAAACUAUCGUGCUGUGCUGGAACAUCAGCCUAAGCAAGUCGCCGCUGGUGGUUCAUGCGCUGGAGCUGAUUCAGUCCCGCGUCAUUAUCGUGAGUCCGAGCAAUGUGGAGCAUGGGCCAUUGCCAGCGAAUGUUGUUGGUGUGCUGUCAGGCUUCUGGAAUCAGUCCAUUUCACUGGCUUUAGGCGUUGCUGCCAAACUUUUGAAGUCUGGGCUGGAAAAACCGAGGCAGAAUGAACUUUCGACCGGCAAAACUGUACAGGCCUCCUCUGCUAUCGCAAGCUCAAAGAAAGGUGUUUCUAAGAAGAAGGCCCUCACGUGUUACUUGUGUGGGAAGGAAGGCCAUAUUCGAAGUAAGUGCCCCGACUUGCCUAGAAAUAAGACGCACGAUGUCGACGAGGAGAUCGGAAGAGAACAAGAACAAAUGUCUUGA